AUGGACCUUCGAGUAUAUGUUGAUGGUGUUGCGCGCAUCAUUUGUGAUUUGACUCGUACAACUACUGUUCAUGAUAUCAUUAUUGCAUUAGCACAAUAUAUAGGUAAAACUGGUCGAUAUUCAUUAAUUGAACGUGCACCUGAUGGUGCCCAUCGAACAUUAUCACCAAAUGAAUUUACAUAUGAACUUAUUAAUCAUCCAGAUUGGUUCUAUAUAUUAAGACAAAAUUCGUCCAAUACUGAUUUAUCCGAUAAUCAAAAACGUUCGAAAAGCUUAGAUGAACGAAAGACACUCACACAACAGCAAUCCAUUGUUGAAAUACCUUCAGCUGUUAUCUCAUCUUCAUCAUCAUCAACAGCAACUUCAACAUCUGGCCAUUUUCGAACAGUAAAUAAUAAUAAUAAUAAUAAUAAUAAUAACAAUGGCUUUGCAACAUUAUCCUCCUCCUCUUCGUCAUCAGUAAAAUCUUCUGAAAAAAAGAAACGUUCUCAUUUACGUCAUAUAUUUCCAUCGGAUAAUAUAAAUAAUAAUAAUAAUAAUAAUAAUAAUAAUAAUAAUAAUCAUUUAAAUUCUAAUGAAUAUUCAUCUCCACUAUCGUUUAUUAUCGAACAAAAACGUUCGUCUCGUGCGCCCAUUCAAAUCAUUGAACAAGAUCUCGGUACAUUAGAUAAUCGUCGUGGAAGGCCGAAAUCUGCUUUACCAUCAGCUAGUAACGAAAAUAGUGCAUUCCGUAUUGUCUAUAAUCCCGAUCAUACUCAAAAUGCUCAACAACACCAAUAUAGAGCUUUAUUAAAAAUACUUAAAUCACAAGAACUUCAAGUUGAACAACAACAAAAAAAAUUAAAUGAAAAACAGAAAGAAAUUGAUUAUCGAGAAAAACCUAUUCAACAAAAAGAUAUUGAAAAUCGAUAUCAUUUAACUAAAGAAAACGAUUGCCGUCUAACUACUGAAAAUCAAAUGUAUACAGAAGAAUAUUCUACGAAUGAACUUGAGAAGGAAUUAGAUUACGAAAAAAAAUUGCAUUCAACUUAUGAACAUGUACAACAACAAGUAAAUCGUUGUUCAACAACAUUAGAACAACAACGACAAUUACAAGAACAAAUUCAAUUAAAUGUAGAAAAAACACAUGAAGAUAUUGAACAGAUACAAUCGAAUAUUAAUGAUGAUAAAAAGGAUAUUGGUCAAUAUCAGCAUGAAUUAGAACGUUCAAAUGCUACUAUUAAUCAACAAGAAGAUUUAGUACGCAUAUUAACACAACGUAAUGAAGAUAUUGAACGAAUUAUUCAACAACGUCGACAACAACUCAAUGACCUUGAAAACGAAUUGAUUAAAUCAGAUGAAUCAGCUAUUAAUAGUUUUAUCCAUUCUUCUUAUCAUUGUCGUCCGAAUUCAUCGACACCACAACAUUAUAAUUCAUUACCAGCUACCAAUUCACUGUCAGCAUCAUCUACAAGUACAACAACAGAUGCUUUUAUGCCUGCUCAUCUUCAAUUAGUGAAUAGUACUUUAUGGAAAUUGUGUCCAAGUGGAAUAUGGGUUUAG